GGAUCGUGGAGGUCAGGGGUGCCGUGAUAUGUACUUGAGCUGGUGCACGGCCCUCGCCAGCGCUUCGCGAAGGUCUGCCGAACUUCAGCCGGCGCAUCCAUGACACAGGCUUUGGUGCCGUGAAGCUUUGGAUUUCAGCAGCAUCCAUCAACAUUCGCGCAGCCAAAUCCAAAGACAACAUGGCCGACAAACUCCGUAACCAGCAAGAGCUUGAGCGCCUUCAGGCCAAGUAUGUCGGCACGGGGCACCCCGAUACUACCAGUUGGGAAUGGAAAACGAACAUCUACCGCGACACGUACUCUUCCAUCGCCGGUCAUCCCCCGAUGCUCUCAUACAUGGCUCUAGCCGAGAACGAGCCCACACAACUACUCCGCGCGAGGCUCAUCAGGAAAAUGAUGCAGCCGGCCGGCCCACCACCAGCACGCGAGGAUUAACGAUGAACCCACGCGUUGAGAGGGAGGGAAGUCAAGUAUGGUAAUAUUAUUGGGCGGGAACACCGGCGUUGGGCGACAUCUUUGUUUUGGAAUUGAUAAAGAAGGGUA